AUGUUCAACUCAUCAUUAUCAAAUAGUACUAUUUUGGAUGCUUUAAAGGGAGAUAAUAGUAGUGGAGAUUUAGUUAGUCUCGAUGACUAUCUGACAAAAAUAUUACCAUUACAUUUUCAAAACUAUUUCCUUGAAGAUUUGGAAGCCUUUAGACAACAUACGCCAAGUGAAUAUAUUGACGGUCUGAUUAAGUCCCUUAAAGCUGGAAAAUUAAGUGAAUUUCCAUUAAACACUAAUUUUAUUAAACAAUUUGAACAUUUGAAAUCGCUUUCUUCAGGAUCUACAUUUUCUUCGUUAUCAUUCACUCAGGGGUUAAUAAUUGGCCAAGUUAGUGUUAUUAUUAUAUUUGCCCUUUUCAUGAGAUUCUUCAUAUUCAGCGAAGGUUCUUCAAGACAUAAAAAUCCCCCUGUAAUUGCAGUCAAUACAAAUAAUUCAAAGAUAAUGUCAAAUGUUUUGAAAAGAGGUGGUAAAAAUAGAUCGGAGAUAAAAUCUUCUGAUCCAUCCAUUGAUGAUAAUCAAAAUGAAAUGACUAUUCAAAUUAAUAAUAUUCUUCAGAAGACUUACUACGAUGUAAAUACCCACAAACAUGAAUCUCUAGAUUGGUUUAAUGUACUAAUUGCUCAAAUUAUUCAACAAUUUCGUGAUGAGGCAUACAAUAAAAAUAAUAUUUUAAAUUCAUUAAAUCUAUUCAUGCAGAAUAAUUCUACAAAUUUACCUGAUUAUUUAGAUACUAUUAAAGUCACAGAGUUAGACAUCGGUGAUGAUUUCCCAAUUUUCUCAAAUUGCAGGAUUAAAAAGGAAAAAAGGAAACUAGAAGCUAAAAUUGAUAUUGAUUUAAUAGAUAGAUUAUCACUAGGUAUAGAGACCAAAUUAUUAUUGAACUACCCAAAACCGGGUUUUAUGGCAUUACCAAUUAGUUUGACGGUUGCAAUUAUUAGAUUCCAAGGUUGCCUAACUGUAUCACUAACAAAAGGUGAUGAAUUUGUCCAGACAACUUCUCAAAAUGAAGACAAAAAAACAGAUGAUGAAGAUAAUGAUCAAGAAGAUAAUAGUUAUUUUUUGAUGUUUUCUUUUUCUCCAGAGUAUAAAUUUGAAUUUGACACCGAGUCAUUAAUAGGGGCUAGGUCAAAGUUAGAAAAUAUUCCACGUAUUCGUAGUCUGAUUGAGUAUCAAAUUAAAAAAUGGUUUGUGGAACGUUGCGUAGAGCCUAGAUUUCAAUUCAUCAAAUUGCCAAAUAUUUGGCCAAGAAGUAAAAAUACAAGGGAAGAGAAACAUAACGAGGAUGAUACUGCUAAGACUAAUUGA